AUGUUGGAUUAUGAAAACCAGAUCUUCCUGGAUAUGUUCCAUGAUGACGGCCUUCUUAUUAUGUCCAGAGGUCUAGGGGUCAGUCGCUUGUUCCUGCAUUUUCUCAAAGUCUACUGUGACCCGGCAAGUCUGGUCCUGGUGCUGAAUACCACGCCUGCUGACGAGGCAUAUUUGACAGAACAGUUAGAAAAACAGGGGAUUACCAACCCACCGAAAGUCAUCACAAAUGAAAUCAACGCAGCAGAGAGACAGACAACCUAUGUGCAGGGAGGUGUUCUGUUCAUCACAUCCCGGAUCCUGGUGGUGGAUCUACUGACAGACCGGGUCCCUGUGGGUCACGUCACUGGAAUACUUGUCUACAGGGCUCACAAAAUCAUUGAGUCCUGCCAGGAAGCGUUUAUUCUUGCGCUUGUAUCGACAAAAAAAUAA